UCCCGCCGCACGUGAUUCCCGAAUCAAAGAUCCAGUAUGGCGGAAUCUGUCAGCUCUCGUUUCACGACUGUCUUUGAUUCCUCAUCCGCUGAUAUACGCUGCUGUGUGCAUUAGUCGAGAGAAGGAAAGUUCACUUGAAGUUUUUUCAACAUUUGUGACGGAACCGCAGCUGAACAUUAUGAGUCAAAGUCAUUCAGAGUCUCAGAUGGAUGAGUCGGUGGAGAUGUUGAAGCCAUCAACGUUUGAUCACAUUCCUGCAGUUGAGUUGAGUUCAGCGCUGCCUGUGCGAGUUCCUCCUGCGGCGAUCCCAAUGGACCUGCGUGUGGAUGCGUCGCCGGACUCAACUCGCCACGAGCAGCAGGAACUGAUGACGCUCAAACACAAGCAGCAGGUGCAGCGGCAGAUCCUCAUCACAGAGUUUCAGAGACAACAAGAGCAGCUGUCACGACAACACGAGGCCCAGCUACAGGAGCACAUGAAGCAUCAGCAGGAUCUUCUGGCCCUCAAACAUCAGCAUGAGCUUCUGGAGCACCAGAGGAAGAUGGAGCAGCAGCGUCUGGAGCAAGAGAUGGAGAAACACCAGCGAGAGCAGAAGCUUCAGUUGCUCAAGAACAAAGAGCGUGGUCAGGAGAGUGCCGUGGCCAGUACAGAAGUGAAGAUGCGACUGCAGGAGUUUGUUCUGAAUAAAAAGAAAGCUCUCGCUCAGCGCAGUCUCAAUCACUGCAUCGCCAGCAACCCGCGCUACUGGAAAACUCAGCACAGUUCUUUAGAUCAGAGUCCUCCUCCUCAGACGGCCAUCAGUACAUACAGUCAGACUGCCUUGGGCGUCUACGAAUCUAAAGAUGACUUUCCUCUUCGCAAAACAGCAUCGGAGCCGAAUCUAAAGCUGCGUUCUCGCCUAAAGCAGAAAGUGACGGAGCGGCGGAGCAGCCCAUUACUGCGACGGAAAGACAGCCCCAUCAACAUGGUGAAGAAGCGCUCGCUGGACAUGGCAGUAGAUUCGGCGUGCAGCAGUGCACCUGGUUCAGGGCCCAGUUCCCCUAACAACAGUUCACACGGCAACCUGUGCGAGAACGGCGUCAGUGUGACUAUCUCCACAUCAUCGAACGAGUCGUCUCUAGCUCAACGGUUAGCUGGUCAUGAUGUUUCAGUCAGUCAACUAUCUCUGUAUACGUCUCCUUCACUACCCAACAUUACACUGGGUCUGCCCGCCUCUGCGGCCAACAAUGUGACGCCUACACAGCAGGACAGCGAGCUUUUGUCUAUGACCAGUUUACCCAUAACAACUUCAUUCCUGACCAGCUCGCACCUUCCGUCAUAUCUUGGCAAUUCUGACACCGCAAAUUCCCACAAUGCACUGAUGCAGCACAUGGUCCUUCUUGAGCAAUCGGCUCCACACAGUCCUUUAGUAGCAGGUAUGGGGGGUGUCCCACUACAGAAGCUGCGGCAGCACCGUCCGUUGGGCCGCACGCAGUCGGCUCCUCUUCCUCAGAGCACACAAGCUCUUCAACAGCUAGUGGUCCAACAGCAGCAUCAACAGUUCCUGGAGAAACACAAACAACAGUUCCAACAGCUGCACAUCAACAAGAUGUUGAGUAAACCGAAUGAGCGACAGCACCAGAGUCACCCGGAGGAAACGGAAGAGGAGCUGCGAGAGCAACAGGCCGUCACACAGACACAACAGAUUCACAUGAACAUCAACAUUAAACAAGAACCUCCUGAUCUGCAAGAGGAUGAACAAGAGCUGCUCUUCAAACAGCAGGCUCUUCUAUUAGAACAGCAGAGAAUUCAUCAGCUAAAAAACUAUCAGGCAUCAAUGGAGGCAGCUGGUGCAUCAAUCACUUUUCCAGGGCACCGCCCCCUUUCCAGGGCCCAAUCAUCUCCUGCGUCUGCAUCAUUCAUUAGUGUGCAAGAACAACCUUCCAAAACCACAGGUCUGGUGUAUGACUCUCUCAUGCAGAAGCACCAAUGCAUGUGCGGCAACACAAACACUCACCCGGAACACGCCGGUCGCAUUCAAAGCAUCUGGUCUCGACUGCAGGAGACGGGGCUGCGCAGCCAGUGUGAGUGCAUUCGUGGAAGAAAAGCUUCAUUAGAGGAACUACAGACAGUUCAUUCUGAAGCUCAUGUGAUGCUGUAUGGAACAAACCCACUACGACAAAAACUAGACAGUUCCGUCAUAUCAAUGUUCGUGCGGUUGCCGUGUGGUGGUAUUGGGGUGGACAGCGACACGAUCUGGAAUGAAGUUCACUCGUCGAGCGCCGCGCGUUUAGCUGUCGGUUCUGUGGUUGAGCUCGUCUUUAAAGUGGCAACAGGAGAGCUGAAGAACGGCUUUGCUGUGGUUCGGCCGCCAGGACAUCACGCAGAGGAGAGCACACCGAUGAUGUUCAUCAUGGCAACGGAACUCAGCAAGCGUUCUACGACGAUCCAAACGUUCUUUACAUUUCGCUUCAUCGUUAUGAUGAUGGCAAUUUCUUCCCGGGCAGCGGAGCUCCUGAAGAGGUGGGCAGCAGCUCAGGUGUCGGAUUCAACGUCAAUGUGGCUUUUACUGGCGGUCUGGAGCCACCGAUGGGAGAUGCAGAAUAUCUCGCUGCCUUCAGGUAAAACUCAUCCACCUGGAAAUUAAGUAAUAAUGUCAUCAUUUAUUCACCCUCAUGUUGUUCCAAACCCAUGUGAUGAGAACGAGAGCCUCAGUCACUAUUCACUUUCAACACAUCUUUUUUUAUUUACAAUGAAACUCAUUCUGCUAAACAUUUGUUUGUGUUCCACAGAAGAAAGUCAAACAAGUUUGAAAUAUGAGGAUGACUAAAUGAUGACACAAUUUUCAUAUUUGGGUGAAUUAUUCCUUUCACGACUCUCCAUCGUCGGUCAGUGUGUUCAUUUGCUGAAGUUCAUCAGAUUUGUUCAUUCUCAGCUCAGAUUUCAGCAGUUGUGUUGUUUGUGUUGUUGUGAGUGCAGCUUGUCAAGACUUCAGUUCUACACAACAUCAUUUCUGUUUUAGUGACUCCUGUUCACACAUACACACACAUAUGAUUUAUUUGUCAAGCUCUUGUGUGUAGCUGUAGGUGGAAAUAUUGAUUUCACCCACCAUUACCCUUCAGCUCAGACGAGAAAUCACAAACUCAGGAAAACUAAUUUCUGUAAACAAUCUUCAUCACCAUCAUCACAUGUGCUGUACAAGUCUGUGAUUGUCUAACAGUGAGAUCAGAUUUCUCUCUUUAAACCACAAUCAUGUCAAUAAUAAUCUGAUGUUUGCUAACACUACUGUAAGUACACAGACUGAUUUCAGAAGACUGAGUUGAAUAUUAAUGCUCAUUUUUGAAAAGUACAUUCAAGCCGUUCUGCUGAUCAGUGGCUUCAGGAUUCUUCCAAAAGGUCCAAUCACAUUUUUAAGCCAAUUAAAAUGUAAUUUGGACAUCGUAUUGCUCCUUUUCUCAGGACAGCUUGUCAAGAAAUAAUGAAACACUCUUCAUGUGUGAAUAUGAAAUGAGAGAUUCACCACGAGAAUAACGCUGUAAAUCAAACACCGAGUUUGACCCAUUCCAGACCCGAUCUGACGGCGAAAACAGUUAUUAAAAUGACGAGACUUGUUUGUUGCGUAUUUUUCCAGAUGAACACUUGAUUAAUGUUUUAAUGAUUUUAAAGUGGAAAUCCUAACGUCUCUAAAAUCUCAAACACUAGUUUCACACUUUAGUGAAUCUCUUAAAAACCACGUCUGCUGAUGUUUUGUAAAAAUAGGAUCCAAACAUAAAAGUUCCUGAAUAUGCCCACACACACACACACAGUGUUCACAGUCGCUUCUCUCACACCAGCACUCAAUAUUCAGAAGAAAGAAGAAAACUGCACCAUGUUUUUGCUCCUAUUUGUGCGUUGAAAUGUUUGA